CUUCAGUAUAGUUGCAGUCCUGUCUCUCUAGCAGGUCGGCACAAUUCGUGUUCAUGUUCAUCUUCUCGGUUGCUCCAGGAUCAACUCGGCAGCUUCAUAUACGUUCGAGAAUUAGAGCGUGUUGCACCUUUACUAUGCUUUGCCAUUAUUGCCUGGGAGCAUAAAGUCGAAUGUAUCCGCAAUCACUGCUUCUCAAAGCUACUCGUGAGUCUCUUCCUUUGACCAUUCCGGCCUGUGUUACCGACUGUGAGGUUGAGGAAGCCUUGGGGUAGUUGUUACCUCGGCACGUACCCGGACGCGGAAGGCCUAUCGAUAAGGCGGGCUCUGAAGCUACAGUGCUGCCAUGGUUGCCUCUGUUUCAACCUCCAAACCUAACAAUGUCUACAAACAUUCUCAUUGUCGGCGCUGGCGCCAUUGGAGCGUUCUAUGCAUCUCGACUCGCAGUCAUCUCUGGUAUCUCUGUCUCUGUCGUCUGCCGCUCCAACUACAAAGCUGUGAAGGCGAAUGGCUUCCAAGUUACCUCACCGCAAUACGGCGAUUACACCUUCGUGCCGGCGAACACGUUUGCGAACCCAGAAGAAGCGCGAAAGAGCGACAUACAAUGGGACUACAUAGUAGUCAGCACAAAGGCCUUGCCGGACGUCAGCGAUGAUUCGACGAUACUUGAGGGGCUGGUCAGCGAUAAGACAGCCAUUGUGCUGAUACAGAACGGUUUGGGUGUAGAGGAGCCAUACGCGAAGCGGUUUCCACAGGCGGCAAUCUGCUCGGCCGUCACGAUAGCCACAUGCGCACAGCCCGAGCAUGGCCAGAUCAAGCACAACAGAUGGACGCGGAUAAAUAGCGGACCGUACCUGCCUCAUCUAGAUACCGGAAACAAGAAGGAUACCGACGCACGCGUCACGGAGCAAAACGACGCGUUCAUUGCUCUGCUGAAGGAAGGCGGUAUCAAGGAUGCCGAAGCCUACUCCCAUGCUAAACUACAACUAGUUCGCUGGCAUAAGAUCGCCAUCAAUGCCUCGAUGAACCCAACCUCCGUCCUCACCCAGUGCCUCCCGAACAACGUCAUGUCUCUCGACCCGGAACUGCAGCGCCAUCUCAAGGGCGUCAUGUUGGAGAUUCUUGAGACCGCUCCCAAGAUUCUCGGCGAACCCAUGCCUAAAGAGUUUGCUACCCCAGACCAGAUCAUUCGGUCUACCCAGAAGAACACUAGUGGUAGCAAGCCAAGCAUGGCGAUUGACUGGGAAGCGGGUAAGAAGAUGGAAAUUGAGGUUAUUCUAGGUAAUCCAUUGAGGAUCGCCAGGGACAGAGGAUUCGAGAUGCCGCGCCUACAAAGUCUGUAUGCGAUGGUCAGAAUGGCGCAAGAGGUUAGAGACCAGAAGAAGGAUGUCAAGUUGUGAGAUAGUGGAUUGCUUCUGUUGAUUGUCUUUUCAAUUGCUUCCUCCAUGGCUUUCCCCAUCUUGAUGAAGCGAGCUUUUUCGCAAACCGCAAACCACAAGUCGACAGGG